AUGUCCUGCGCUGCACGACGGCGGUGCACAGCGCUGCAGCAUUCCUGCCGGAGACUCUAUUCUUCUGGAGUUGCAAAGCCAAGCCGGACUAGUCGCAAGACACUAACAGAGACCGACUCGUGUGGAAUACCUCUGCAACCCACCUGGUCGGUAAACGAGCUGCUCUCAUCAUAUCCUCAGCCGGUCAUUACACCCUCAACACUGCAGCGGCUGCAUGCACUGUCGGCACUGAUCCCCCCAGCGGAGGGCACACCCGAACACGAGACUUUGACGCGGGAAAUGGAGGAGAUGGUCAGGCUGGUCGAAGCGGUCAGACUGGUGGACACGAGCGAGGUUGCCGGGAAGGAAGGAGACAUCCCGGACGGGCGGAUAUGGGCUGAAGGUGUCGGCAUAGACAUCUCCGAAGCCGCGCAAAUACCUGUGCAUGAUGGGGAGAUCAAUGGUCGUCAGUUGCUGCAACAUUCGUCCAGGGUCUCGAACGCACUGUACGAGGUGAAUUCUCAAAGGACGAAGUGA